CAAGCUAAAAAAAAGCAUCCCAAAAAGCAAAAUCAGAUUGUCAAUAACAAUUUAAUUGCAGCAUGUAUAUACACCAAAGAUCCCAUUUUUAUACUUCCAUGCUCAUGCAUCUCAGUUCUUGCUCUGCUUGGCUUUCCCAAGAACAAUGGCAGAGAUUGUUCCUGCAGAUCCGAGCACUAGUAAUUCUGCAAGUACUAGCAGCAGAAGAGUAUAUACGACAACUAAUACAAGACCCUUUACAAGAUUAAUCACUUCUGGCCGUGAUCAUGUGGUUGAGCCCUUUGACAGUGAGAAAUUGCCGGUCACUUUGGCUUCAGAGAUCCAAAAAUUUCUUCGUGUUGCUAAUCAGAUAGAACUUGAAGAGCCUCGCGUGGCUUAUCUUUGCCGUUUUCAUGCAUUUGAAGUGGCACAUAACUUGGACAGAAAUUCCAGUGGUCGAGGAGUACGGCAAUUCAAGACUUCUCUGCUUCAGCGUCUUGAGCAGGAUGAAGAAAUUACAAUCAGGAAGAGGAAGGAAAAGAGUGACAUACGUGAACUUAGACGUGUUUACCGUGAGUACAAGGACUUCAUCAUCAAGCACAGUGGAGACAGUAAUUUGCAAAACAGCGAAAAAAUGAUAAAAGCCCGAGCUAUUGCUUCAGCUUUAUUCGAAGUGUUAAAUACAGUUACUACUGCAGCCGGUCCACAGGUCCUUGCCGAGAGCGAGAGCAUUAAUGCAAAAUCUGAACUGUAUGUCCCUUAUAAUAUUCUCCCUCUGGAUCAAGGAGGUGCCAGUCAAGCAAUCAUGCAGCUGCCCGAGAUCAAGGCUGCAGUUGCUGCUUUUCGUAAGGUUCGCGGUUUGCCAUUUGUUGAAGAUUUUAAUAGAAGGGUAGUUUGCCUGGAUUUGUUCGAUUGGCUCCAGUUUUGCUUUGGAUUUCAGAAAGGAAAUGUUGCAAACCAAAGGGAGCAUUUGAUCCUGCUCCUUGCUAACACUCACAUACGGAAAAGUCAUAAGGAGACAUCAGUCUCCAAGUUAGGUGAUGGAGCUUUGGACGAACUGAUGAAGAAGUUUUUCAAAAAUUAUACAGAUUGGUGCAAAUUUCUGGGGAGAAAAAGCAAUAUACAGUUGCCAUAUCUGAAGGAGGAAGCCCAACAAUAUAAACUUCUUUAUAUUGGACUUUAUCUUCUAAUAUGGGGAGAGGCUGCAAACUUAAGAUUUAUGCCAGAGUGCCUCUGCUAUAUAUUUCACCAUAUGGCAUAUGAACUACAUAGCUUGCUAGUUGGUGCUGUAAGCAUGGAAACUGGAGAACGGAUUAUGCCAGUGUAUGGAGGAGGAUCUGAGUCUUUUCUUAACAAUGUAGUCUUUCAUCUAUAUAAAGUCAUAUAUGAGGUACUAAUGAAAAACAGAAAUGGAACAACUGACCAUUCUUCAUGGAGGAACUAUGAUGACUUGAAUGAGUUUUUCUGGUCUGAGGAUUGUUUUCAAAUAGGUUGGCCUAUGCGUCUGGAACAUGAUUUUUUCUGUAUAGACCCUUCCAGUGAUAGCAAAACAAAAAAGCCUCGGCAAUCAGUCAGGACUAAUGAAGACAAGAAGAGUCCUAAUGAAGAUGAAGAAAUGGAGGACAUCCCCGAUGAAGGACACGAAGUGCGGGAGGGAAAAUGGCUAGGAAAGACAAAUUUUGUGGAGAUUCGCUCAUUUUGGCAAAUCUUCAGAAGUUUUGAUAGAAUGUGGAGUUUCUUAAUUUUAUGCCUUCAGGCAAUGAUAAUCAUGGCAUCGCAUGAUUUAGAAUCUCCACUUGAAGUGUUUGACGCAACAGUUCUUGAGGACGUAAUGAGCAUCUUCAUCACAUCAGCAGCUCUCAAACUUAUACGAGCUAUUCUUGACAUUGUCUUCACAUGGAAAGCAAGGAACACAAUCGAUUCCUAUAAAAUCAGAAGAAAUGUGCUGAAGGUGUUGGUCCCAAUGAUAUGGACUAUCACACUACCUAUAUAUUAUAUCAAUCAUAGAGGGAAAUAUACUUGUUAUUCUACACAGAGCCAGAGCUGGCUUGGAGAGUGGUGCUAUUCCUCCUAUAUGGUCGCAGUUGCAUUCUAUUUGAUGACUAAUGCAUUUGAUAUGGUCCUAUUCCUUGUGCCUGUGGUUGGGAAGUAUAUUGAGACCUCAAACUCUCGAAUAUGCACAAUGUUGUCAUGGUGGAGACAGCCUAGGUUGUACGUUGGACGUGGAAUGCAAGAGACCCAACUUUCCCAGUUCAAGUAUACUAUGUUUUGGGUGCUUCUAAUGCUAAGCAAGUUCAUAUUCAGUUACCAAUUUGAGAUUAAACCUCUUAUAUCACCCACUAGACAGAUCAUGAGGAUUGGCAUAAAGAACUAUGAUUGGCAUGAGCUCUUUCCCAAAGUCAAGAGUAAUGCUGGUGCAAUUGCUGCUAUUUGGGCUCCUAUUAUACUUGUCUAUUUCAUGGAUGCACAAAUAUGGUACUCUGUCUAUUGUUCCAUAUUUGGUGGAGUUUAUGGAAUUCUUCACCAUCUUGGUGAGAUUAGGACACUGGGAAUGCUGAGAAUUAGAUUUCACUCUUUGCCAGAUGCAUUCAGUGCAUAUCUUAUACCACACAAGGAGAAAGAUAACAAGGAAGGAAUCAGUAAGUGGUUCCUCUGCCUGAGAGAAAAGGCUUUCGAAAAGAACAGUAUUGUGAAAUUCGUUGUCCUAUGGAACCAAAUUAUUAGUAGCUUUCGUGAAGAGGACCUCAUAAGUAACAGGGAAAUGCAUUUGAUGAAAAUGCCUUUGUCAUCAGAACUGUUCUCAGGCCAGAUUCGUUGGCCUGUUUUCCUUCUGGCAAAUAAGUUCUCAACUGCAUUGAGUAUUGCAAGAGAUUUUUCGGGAAAGGAUGCUGAUCUUUUGAGAAAGAUUAAAAGAGAUGACUACAUGUACUUGGUAGUAACUGAAUGUUACGACUCGCUGAAGUACAUUCUUGAAAUCCUUGUAGUUGGGGAUUUUGAACAAAGGAUUAUAUCUGGAAUAUUGGAUGAAAUCGAGGGAAGUAUAGGGUGCUCAACACUUCUUGAGGACUUGAACAUGAGUGAAUUACCAGCUCUACAUACUAAAUGUGUUGAAUUACUCGAACUACUGGUUGAGGGAAAUGAAGAACAGUACUGUAAUGUUGUGAAAGCACUGCAAGAUAUAUUUGAAAUUGUUACCAGUGAUCUGAUGCUGAAGGGAUGUAGAACAUUGGAUUCUCUUUAUGCUCAUCGUGAUGGAGAUGAUUCUGAACUUUUCACCCACAUAGAACCACAAUUAUUUGCUUCGGCUCGUUCUAUCCAUUUUCCACUGCCAGAUAGUGGCCUUAUAGUGGACAAGAUCAAGCGUUUUCUUUUGCUGCUUACCACAAAAGAUAAAGCCAUGGACAUACCAUCAAACUUGGAAGCUCGAAGACGGAUUUCAUUUUUUUCAACUUCUUUGUUCAUGGAUAUGCCGAGAGCACCAAAAGUGCGCAACAUGUUAUCUUUCAGUGUUCUGACUCCUCACUACAUGGAGGAUGUGAAAUAUUCAUCAGAAGAGCUUCAUUCUAACAAAGAAGGCGUUUCAAUCCUCUUUUAUAUGCAGAAGAUAUUCCCAGAUGAGUGGGAAAACUUUUUGGAACGUGUUGGAACUGAAAACCUUAAUGCAUCAAAUGAUGAAAUAAAUGAGGAGGAUCUUAGAAAUUGGGCUUCUUUUCGAGGGCAAACUCUAUCCCGAACAGUUCGGGGGAUGAUGUACUAUCAGAAAGCCCUAAAGUUGCAGGCAUUUCUUGACAUGGCUGCAGAUGAUGAUAUUCUUCAAGGUUAUGAUGCCAUAGGGAAGGGGAACGAUACAUUAUCUGCUCAACUUGAUGCACUUGCGGACAUGAAAUUUACGCAUGUUAUUUCUUGUCAAAUGUUUGGUUCACAUAAAUCUUCUGGAAAUCCUCAGGCUCAAGACAUACUUGACUUGAUGAUAAGGUAUCCUUCACUCCGUGUUGCUUAUGUUGAAGAGAAAGAGAAGAUUGUAUCAGAGAAAGAGAAGAUUGUAUCAGAUAGGCCUCCUACAGUAUAUUCAUCUGUAUUAGUCAAAGCUGUCAAUGGUUUUGACCAGGAGAUAUAUCGCAUAAAACUCCCAGGUCCACCAAAUAUUGGGGAAGGAAAACCCGAGAAUCAGAACCACUCAAUAAUCUUCACCCGUGGUGAAGCUCUCCAAGCAAUAGAUAUGAACCAAGAUAAUUAUAUGGAAGAAGCUUUCAAGAUGAGAAAUAUCUUACAAGAAUUCCUCCGCGAGCGAGGACCGAGGCCUCCCACAAUUCUUGGGAUGAGAGAACACAUAUUUACAGGAAGUGUAUCUUCUUUAGCAUGGUUCAUGUCAUAUCAAGAGACCAGCUUUGUUACCAUCGGCCAAAGACUUCUAGCUAAUCCACUCAGGGUUAGAUUCCAUUAUGGACAUCCUGAUUUGUUUGAGAGAAUUUUUCACCUAACAAGAGGUGGAGUUAGCAAAGCAUCAAAGACAGUAAACUUGAGCGAGGAUGUGUUUGCAGGUUUUAAUACUACACUGCGACGGGGAAAUAUCACUUAUCACGAGUAUAUGCAAGUUGGCAAAGGGCGUGAUGUUGGUCUCAACCAAAUUUCAAAGUUUGAAGCCAAAGUAGCAAAUGGCAACAGUGAACAAACUCUAAGCCGUGAUAUAUACCGCCUUGGGCGUCAAUUUGACUUCUUCCGAAUGCUCUCUUGUUAUUUCACCACCAUUGGCUUUUACUUUAACAGCCUGAUAUCAGUAAUUGGAAUAUACGUAUUCCUAUAUGGGCAGCUAUACCUGGUCCUUAGUGGUUUACAAAGAGCACUGCUUCUUGAGGCUAGAAUACAAAACAUAAAAUCAUUAGAAACUGCUCUGGCCUCCCAGUCAUUUAUCCAGCUUGGGCUCUUGACAGGCUUACCUAUGGUGAUAGAGAUUGGACUUGAAAGAGGAUUCCUUAAUGCUCUUAAAGAUUUUGUUCUCAUGCAAUUGCAGCUAGCAGCCGUUUUCUUUACUUUUUCUUUUGGAACAAAAUCUCACUAUUAUGGUCGAACUAUUCUUCAUGGAGGAGCCAAGUAUAGACCAACUGGCCGUAAGGUGGUGGUUUUCCAUGCCAGCUUCACUGAGAACUAUAGGCUGUACUCUCGCAGCCACUUUGUAAAAGGAUUUGAGUUGCUGCUUCUGUUGAUUGUGUAUGAUUUGUUUAGGCGGUCCUUCCAAAGCAACAUGGCUUAUGUGUUAAUUACGUAUGCAAUAUGGUUCAUGUCAAUGACUUGGUUGUUCGCGCCAUUUCUGUUUAAUCCUUCAGGUUUCAACUGGGGUAAGAUAGUUGAUGACUGGAAGGGUUGGAACAAGUGGAUUGUGCAGCAAGGUGGAAUUGGAAUCCACCAAGACAAGAGUUGGCAGUCCUGGUGGUAUGAUGAGCAAGACCAUCUUCGUCAUUCAGGGCUGGGUUCUCGGUUGAUAGAAAUCCUGCUUUCACUUAGAUUUUUCAUUUAUCAGUAUGGAUUGGUCUAUCACCUUGACAUAUCCAGGCAAAACAAAAAUUUCACUGUUUAUGUCCUCUCAUGGGUUGUCAUUGUCAUGAUUUUUCUGCUGAUCAAGGUGGUGAACUUGGGGAGGAAAUAUUUCAGUGCGAACUAUCACCUAGUAUUCCGGCUAUUUAAAGCACUAAUUUUCCUUGGAGUUCUGGCUACCAUUAUUACUCUGUCAAUCAUUUGUGAUCUAUCUUUCAAGGAUUUGGUUGUUUGCUGUCUGGCCUUUCUGCCAACUGGUUGGGGGUUGAUAUUGGUUGCACAAGCUGUUAGACCCAAGAUUGAAGGCACUGCAUUGUGGCAUUUCACCAGGGUUUUUGUUCAAGCAUAUGAUUAUGGCAUGGGUAUAGUUCUUUUUGCACCAAUUGCUUGUCUGGCAUGGCUUCCCAUCAUUUCAGCUUUCCAGACUCGUUUCCUUUUCAACGAGGCUUUCAGUAGGAGACUGCACAUUCAACCAAUUCUUGCAGCAAAGAAGAAGAAGCAGAGAUGAUCUUAACUGUAAUCGAGUUUAAUGUACAUAAGAUCUGUACAUGCAGAAGUAAUACGAAAAUCAUUUUCGUGUAUAGUUAGGAUAACCAAUUAUCCUAUGCUAAGCUCAUUAUUUAUUCAGGGAAUAAGGAGACAGGCUUAGAUGUUUAAGCUCCUAUUGGCUUUCAAUUGCAUUCAUCCGCCUAUAACAAUGAAUUGUCCUAGUGACAAUCAUACACCUUUUACAGGCUUAAAGUUGGACUUAAUUGUUGCAUCAAGUAUUCUUGAAACUUAAAUGA